GGGCGAGCGAGCAAAGCCGCCCGUGCGUCGCAUCUUGGAGGCAAGAAGAUGGACAGUUCUUGCGGUCACUUGAGUCUGAAACGCAGGUGAUGGGAUAUGGCCCGCAGAAAGGCCUCAGCAGAGGCGCCAGCGCCGCGCGCUUCGCAAAAGCGCGAUCUGCCAGACGACCCGUACGAAAUACCUGACGAAGCCGAGACUCCGAGACGACGAAGGCGCCCGGGAGCCGCUAGCACUGUCAGUGCAAACCUCGGAGAGGAUAGCCUGGAGGAGGAAGGGGUACGAUCUCCCUUGAACUCGACGCCUGCCAAACGGCGAGGGCGACCUCCCAAAUCCGCAGCGACGGGAACACCCAAAGCUCACGCAACAACACCCACGGCCAGGCGACAGAAACAACCCACAGAAACCCCGGUGAGGCUCAAUGGCACAGAUACUCCAAGUAGACGGAGCAUUGCAGACAGGUCGGCCAGGAGGAAGAGCGCCAGGGCCCUCAUCGACCGGGUGAUUGGGGGGACGGUCAGCGACGACGAGGUGGAGGAAGGGGACAUUGCGCGGGAGAUAUACGAGUCCAGCGAGGAUGAGGAGGCCGAGGCAGACGGACAAGCAGGAGAAGGAGAAGAAGAAGAAGAAGAACAAGAAGUCCAGGAACCUACGACACCUUCGAGGACCCCCGGAAGAAAGCGCAGGACCGCCGGACGGAAGAGGUCCCCCACCCCUCCCCGCGACCUGCCUCCCCACGAGCAGUACUUCUAUCAGAACAAGCCGGGUCUCUCAAAGACGUCCAACAACACAUUAUCAUCCCUCAAUCUUCUUACGCACGAAGAGUACUUCUCCAUCCUACGCCAGCUCAAAGACCCGCACGCCGCGGACGUCGACUUCCUCCGCUCCCUCCACGCCGAGUCCUUCCCCCAGUGGGCCUUCGAGCUCUCCCAGGGCUUCAGCACCUGCCUGUACGGCUACGGCUCCAAGCGCCGCCUUCUCCACGACUUCGCCUCCUACCUGUCCUCCCUCGACCCCUCCCGCACGAUCGUCGUCAUCAACGGCUACGUCCGCACCCUCACCGCCCGCGACAUCCUCACCACCCUCACCUCCGCCCUCCCCCCUUCCCUCGCUCCGGCCAACACCAGCAACCCCGCCGCGGCCCUGCAGGCGCUCCUGGCCAACAUGACCGCCGCCUCCUCUGCCCCCGCCACAACGACGGCGUCGUCCCUCACCGUCCUCGUCAACUCGAUCGACGCCCCGCCUCUCCGGCGGCCCGCCCUGCAGGCCAUGCUCGCCCAGCUCGCCGCCCACCCGCGGGUCCGGCUCGCCUGCACGGCCGACACGCCCGACUUCCCGCUCCUCUGGGACGCCGCCCUGCGCGCGUCCCUCAACCUGCUCUUCCACGACUGCACCACCUUCGCCCCCUUCGCCCCCUGCGAGCUGGAGGUGGUGGACGAGGUGCACGAGCUGCUGGGCCGCCGGGCGCGGCGCGUCGGCGGCAAGGAGGGCGUCGCCUUCGUGCUGCGCAGCCUGCCCGAGAACGCGCGCGCGCUGUUCCGGCUGCUGGUGGGCGAGGUGCUCGUCGCCGCCGAGGAGCACGGGGACGGGUGCGGGGGCGGAGCCGAGGAAGUUGCGGUGGAGUACCGAAUGGUAUACAACAAGGCGGUCGAGGAGUUCAUUUGCAGUUCCGAGAUGGCGUUUCGGACGCUGCUGAAGGAAUUUCACGACCAUCAGAUCAUCACCAGUCACAAGGACUCGAUCGGCACCGAACUGCUGAGCCUCCCUUUUAGGAAAGAGGAGCUCGAGUCGAUUUUGGAGGAAUUGACCUCCUGAUGCCUUGGCAUCUUUACUCCAUAUAUAUAGGCGACCGCGUGGCAUUCGGCGCGGACUUGGAAGCAUUCUCGUGACAGACCUGGGUGCCAUGAACCAAAAAAAUCAGCCUAGCCGGACUACAGACAGCUACAAUGCAUCUCGUUGCACCGGCAAACUCUCACUCUUGAGGGACAUUUUUGUCGAUCAGCCGUGUGAUCUGGAGCCUUUAAAAGGCAACCUUAGUCGCAACAGCCGUCAUGUAAAAAGGGAGUUCGUAGAUGAG